AUGUCCUCACAGAUAGUCCAACCCAAUCAUGGCGCAUCCGUACCUGAUGUGGUUGCUGUCGGUAAGCCGAACGAGUCUCAGGCCGAAUGGUUGGAGAAGCAACAGAUCAACACGAAAGACCGUGUCAACUUGAAGAAAUUGUCUAAUAUGCGGUAUCAGCAUCCCAACCUUGAUGAACAAGGAUACAUGCUUAAUUUUGGAAUGCAAAUUGCCAACAAGACUGAAAACAAGGCUAGCUUUGAAGGAUAUGGACCUGAUCAAUACGUAUUCUAUGCGCGUAAAGGACCGAAGAAGUUCCUGGGCGGUAAUUUUGAGGCCCAGAGCAAAGAGGACUUUGACAGGUGA